AUGAAAAGAACGAGAAGAAGCGCCACAAGAUCUAUUUCAACAGCUGCUCAUUACGACGAAAAUGGCUACGAGGAUGAGGGUGAUUGUAGCGGGGAAAUCAAUGUACCGAAAUGGCAGGACUAUAUAUCUGAGGAAACAAGAACCCAAUGGGACAAAUUGCAUGAUGGCAAUGUUGCAGUCCAAUUGCGUCUGAACAUGUUCGAUCCGGCCUUGUUCGCUAAUUGGCAUUACCAGUAUACAGUUUCGUGGUUGUACAAAGUAUGCGAUUCGUAUUUAACAUUGGAAUAUGGAAGCGAUUUAGACACUGCUAGUUUUAAACCUAUGUGGAGAGAUAUCAAAUUCGAUGAAUUGUUUCUCUUGGAAGAUUUGUCCAACUCGAUGAAAUUUGCAGCGGAUGGAGACUACUAUGAUAACCACAUAGGGGACGAAGAGGAUAUUGAUGAAGCUGACACGGAACCAUUAUCAGUGAAAAUCCGAUUAAGAUUGCUAAGAACGCUCUCGAAUAAUAAAAGUCUGCAAUUGAGAGAUUGGGACGUGGUAAUGAGCCAUCAUCUUGCAACUGAGGAGACGAGUAGCUUCGAUAAUAUGUCACUUAUAGAACAAUUUGAAAUGAUUUAUCAAGUAAUUAAGUUAAUCGAGGUCAGAAAUAUGACAUUCAAGAAUUGCUUAUCGAACAAUUUGUCGUUGUUUGAAUUUCAUGAAUACGUUGUUGAUGAACAAAAUUCGAUAAUUGCAUUACCAAACGUAGGUGUUUUAGUGUGGAAAAAGUUGACAGAACAAAAUGAAAAAUGUAAAUUAAUUGUCCCCAUAAAACUAAACAAUUGUACAAUAAGUUAUCAGGAUGACGACAAGGAUACGCGCGAAUUGGUACAUAUAGAUUACGCAAAUGAUAUUGAUAGAUAUCUGAACUCUUUCAAGAUUGAAUUCUCAACAAUAACAUCUAAUUGGGAGUCAUUUUUAGAAAAAUUUUCGGCUGAACCGGACUUGGUCAACUUUGAAGAAUUAAUUCCAAUAUAUGCCGAACAUCAAUUGUACAUACGGAGGAUAUUGUUACAACGUGAAAAGGAAAAAUCAAUGGCACAACUCUUAACAAGAAGGAAAAGAUCGUCCAGAUUGGUUGCAAAAGAGGAAGAAACUAGAAGGAAACAGUUGGAAAAUGCUUGGUAUGAAAAAUUAGAUUCUAGGGAACUAUUUCUCAAGGAUAGAAAUAAAUUGGUAGCUAAGCAAAUGAAAAAAUACAAGGAUUACAUAUGGAAUCAAUUGUGGUUGAAAUUUGAACAAGAUUUAAAAGUACUCAAACUGACAAGACGCAAUGACGAUGGGAGUCCGAAUGGAGCUACCAGUGGCUCCGAUGUCAGGCCCACCAACGUUGCAAAUGGUAACAGCAACGGCAACAGCAACGGCAACAACAUAGGUACUGUCGUCGCAAAUGGAUCGGAUUUAUUAACUGCGUUGGAUUUAGAUGUCAUUUCCAACGGGCCCAGAUACACCGAAAGCGUAAUUAUGGGACCGAAACCAACUUCAAAACCCCAGUCAGAACCAGGCCAGGAACAAGAGCCAAUACCUGAUACAGAGCUCGCAGAUAGUCAUCAAAUUCUCGAGUUGCCAGCAGAGCUGCUGAUAAGCGAUGAAGAAUUGGAAGAACUCGCCAACUUUGGAAUUUCCACCAGCCUCGAAGCCGCAGACAAAUGCCAAUGGAUUUUCCAAGAUCCUUCCGAGCCACUAGUGCCAGCAAUAACAAUAGCUAGUCUAGAGGACGAAGAAGCAAAUAUGGACCGAUUCCAGUCACCCAUUGUGUGUUGCGACAAGUGUCUGAGAUGGCAAAGAUGGGAAAGCGAUCAAACACCGCAAUUGGUCGAGCUUCGGACGUGCGACACCCAAAACUACUCAAACCUUAAUGGCGACGUAAACGGGAAUCCUCUCCCGGCUGCUCAGAAGGACUACGGUCUAGUCCAAUUGAACAACCUGGGAAGCAGGAGAUCUGUUCGCGCGCAUUCGUCCGCGCAGGCAAUUUCCGCCGAUCCAAGAUACCUGAGGCCGACUGAUAAGCGGAAACCGCUCGGAGAGGUCAAAGUGUUUAUCUGCUCGCGGUGUCUUGCAAAGGAAGAGCAUAGACUCAGAGAGCUGUUCUUACCGGAAUUGAAGAAAUCCCGGGCAGAAAUCAAGCGCCGAUCUGAGGAACGCGAAAGAAAGGUGAAAUUGAAGGAACAGAAAAAAAAGCUAGCUCUGGAGCAGCAAGCUCAAGCAGAAGCACAUGCUCAAGCGCGAGCCAUCGCCAUACAGCAGCAGGCUCUACAACAGCAACAACAAGCCUUGCAACAACGGGCCCUACAACCACCGCAACCACAACCACAACCACAACCACAACAACAUCCACACCCACAACAGCAGCAGUCGCUACAGCACACCUUAUCGGAGCCCUCUCACCUCAACGUACACCAGAAAUAA